ACACGUAUCGCGAAUCUUCAACCUAUUGCAUCACGCGUUCGAUUUCUCCUCCCUCCCUUUCCCCGAUCGGACUCUAGCUCGCGCUCGACUCGCCCGAACCAAUUCGAUCGCCGACCUUGGCCGCUGGGAUCUCCUCUCCUCCCCGUCGAACUCGGGCGACCACGCGUCGCCUCUCCCGCAGAUGGGUUGCUCCUCCUCUCUUCCAGACAGAAAUGCUGGAAGUUUGGGUGGUUUGAAUGCUGAAAAUUCAAUGGCCACAGACCCAAAAAACUUGCGUGUCAAGUUGGUAUUGUUAGGUGAUUCUGGUGUUGGUAAAAGCUGCAUAGUUCUCCGCUUUGUCCGUGGUCAAUUUGACCCUACUUCAAAGGUAACUGUUGGCGCAUCCUUCUUAUCUCAAACAUUAGCCUUGCAAAAUUCCACGACGGUUAAGUUUGAAAUAUGGGAUACAGCUGGACAAGAGAGGUACGCCUCACUGGCUCCUCUUUACUACCGAGGAGCUGCUGUUGCAGUUGUAGUGUACGAUAUAACAAGUGAAGAAACAUUCAGAAAAGCACAAUAUUGGGUGAAGGAACUUCAGAAGCACGCGACUCCUGGUAUUGUCAUGGCAUUGGUUGGUAACAAGGCUGACUUGCAAGAAAAUAGGGUUGUCUCAUCUCAGGAUGCCAUGGAGUAUGCAGAGAGAAAUGGCAUGUUCUUCAUGGAGACUUCGGCAAAGACAGAUAACAAUAUCAAUGAACUAUUUGAGGAUGUCCAAGUCAGUACAGCUCAACACAAUCAUACACCUCCAACUCCAAGUGCACUACAUUCCUAUUUAAAGUUCGUCCACCAGAGUUCAAUAAUACACACAUCAAUAUGCUAUCAUUCACAUUAUUGUUUGGCUGACCCAUCAAAAUAUAGAAUAACGAAGCCAAAAUUUAGCCCUCGGGGCUUAGUGCGACAGACAGAUGAGUUUUACCAACAAUGAGAGUUAAACUCUUAUGCAGUGCAAAUAAACACAUGCGAUACUUGAAUCACUUAUGGUGGUAGGUUGUUCUUUGUGAUCCACAUGUAACGGUAGAUGGAAAACUUUUGUGAGACUAAGUGAAUCAUGAAUGAAGGGUAGAAAUAUUUAGGAUAGAAAUAUCUAAGCACCAUGUAAAAGCAACUUAAAUACAAAAUUUAGAGACUAAAAAGUAAAAUAAUAAUAAUAAUAAUAAUAAUAAUGAACUUUCCUAUGUUAAUGGCUUUAAAAUUAAAUAAUAUGAGUUUAGAGGGU